AUGGCUAAGUACGUAGCCUCGAAAUUACAAGAGAAUGUCUCUACAAUUUCAUGCCCCGUUCCGGGGUGUAACGGGGUAUUAGAGCCAUAUUAUUGUCGUUCAAUUUUGCCUAAAGAAGUAUUUGAUAGAUGGGGCGACGCGUUAUGUGAGAAAUUGAUUUUAGGGUUUGAGAAAUUUUAUUGUCCGUUUAAGGAUUGUUCUGUGCUUUUGAUUGAUGAAUGUAGAGGUGGAAAUUUUGCUAUUACUCAAUCAGAAUGCCCAGAAUGUAAAAGGUUGUUUUGUGCUAAGUGUAAAGUUGCUUGGCAUUUAGGGAUUAUGUGUGAAGAAUUUCAAAAAUCAAACAAAGAUGAAAAGGAAAAAGAGGAGAUACAGCUUAUGAAACUUGCGAAGCACAGAAAAUGGCAGAGAUGUCCAAGUUGUAGGAUUUAUGUUGCAAGGAAUAAAGGUUGUAACAAUAUGAAGUGCAG